CACAAAAUAAAAUCACUUUUCUACAUUUUGCGUUCAUUGUGUGUUGUGUUUUGGCACUGUUACAAUGAUAUAUUAGUGCUAGUGAGAACAAAACUAUAGAUGGAAACUUGCAGGAAGUGAUUAUGAGCACAAAUCAGAAUGUAGCGCUUAGUCAAGUUCCCUAACAGAGUUUUCCAAAAUUAUAGUAUCGAUCUUUUUUGUCCUCGAGUACAAGUGUAUAUAAAUAAAAACUGAAAAUGUCUGUGGUUAAAGGAAAAUUGGUGAAAAUGGAAGUUAUUCAAGUUGGUGAAUAUGAAUUCACCAAACAAGAUAUAAUUGGGCACGGAGCCUUUGCCAUGGUGUACAAAGGAAGGAAGAGAAGGAACCCGUCGCAGUCGGUGGCCGUCAAGGUGGUUACGAAGAAGGGCAUACAAAAGGCAUCGGAGAUCCUAGUUAAGGAGAUCAAGAUUCUACGCGAGCUGACAGCGCUGCAUCACACCAACCUCGUCGCUAUGCACGACUGCAUGGACAGUCCCGCAUAUGUCUACGUUGUUAUGGAGUACUGCAACGGCGGAGACCUGGCAGAUUACCUGCAGGCCAACCGGCUGCUGAGCGAGGGCACAAUCCGCCUAUUCCUGCGGCAGCUGGCCGAGGCGAUGCGUGCCAUACACGCCAAGGGCAUCGUUCACCGUGAUCUCAAGCCACAGAACAUACUGCUCACACACAACGUAGCGCCGCCCCGCACGCCGCAUCCCGCUGAAAUUACACUCAAAAUAGCUGAUUUCGGCUUUGCGAGAUUUCUCGAAGAAGGCAACAUGGCCGUCACACUCUGCGGCUCCCCGAUGUAUAUGGCUCCUGAGGUGAUAAUGUCGUUGAAAUACGACGCGAAGGCUGACCUAUGGAGUCUAGGCACGAUCGUGUACCAGUGCCUGACUGGCAAAGCCCCCUUCCAAGCCACCACGCCCCACGAGCUCAAAGCCUUCUACGAAAAUAGCGUCGAUCUCCAGCCAAAAAUGCCAGCGGGCACGAGUCCAGAGCUAUGUAAUCUACUGAUCGGUCUGCUCAGACGAAACCCACGCGAGCGCAUGCCCUUCGAGAUGUUCUUCAACCAUCCGUUCCUGCAGCGGCCGCGCACCGCUUCUGCUACCAGAGCAGGCGCUCAGUGCGGUAUGGCAGGUAUGGUGGGGGUGGGGGUGGGGGGAGGUAGUGCGGGGGGCGUGGCCGCGCGCUCCCCCGCCCCGCGCUCCCCGCUGCCCGCGCCGCAGCCGGUCACACACACCCUCACCAAGGCACCCGUCUCCUCGGCCGAGUCUUCAGACACGACUUGGGCAGGAGAAGACGACUUCGUAGUGGUGGAGGCGACCGAGAGCGGGUCCGCGGAGUGCUCGGGACAUUCGACCCACUCGUCCGGGUCCGAGGCGGCGCCGCGCCCGCGCUCGCUCGCCCUCACGCCCGCCUCGCCCGCCGCGCCCUCCACAUCCGACACGCCCUCCUCGCCCACAUCGCCCGCCUCGUCCUCGCCGCCCGACCAUCCCGCACCUCUACGCAACCCAAUGACGGUAGCGUCGAAGGUGCCGCGCUCACAGCCCAUAGACGUGCUGCGAUCUAACAAUAACCGAAAUACGACCAACAUCGGCUCACUCUCUCCGCCAUCUGUGCCGUUCACGAUGGGCACUCCGCCAUCGACGCGGCGACGCAGCGCAUCCGGCAGCUCACCUCCGCCCUCACUGUGGCAGGUCUCACCUACAAACGCCAGCCCUCUGCGCAGAUCUGGAUCCUCUCCGCCGGUGUCGUUGGCACUGAAGGCGAGCGGUGAAGCAGCGUCACCGAAACGCGGUGCAUUGCCAGAUGCAUUGCUGCGCGGUCUCAAGCUGCACCAGCCCGAACCUCCUGUCUACAUACCCAACCUUCAGGAAGACACCAUACUUGCGGAGGAGCACAGCAAGGUGUUCUCUCAGUUGAACUUUGUACUGAUGCUGGCGGAGCUACUGUCAGACCUGGCUGUCUCCUGCGGCGCGCCCAUCGCCGCUCUCAUGGACACAUCUGACGAGCGUUGUGGGUCGAGUGUACGUCUGGGGCUGCUGGUGCAGGCGAUGCAGGCGCUGGCGGCAGGACUUCGCCUCGCAGCAGCGCACUACCGCGCCCGCACACUGCAGCCAACACCACAAGUGCGCAACGUGGUGUCCCUGAUGAACGGCAAGUACAAGUGGAUAGUGAACGAGUCGCGGCGGCUGCACGAAGCGGGCGUCACACCGGCCAUCUGCGACAAGAUACUCUACGAGCACGCCAUCGAACUUUGCCAGAUGGCGGCGAUCGAGGAGUUGUUCGGUGAUAUGAAGGAGUGCGAGCGGCGCUACAUGUCCGCGCAGGUGUUGCUGCACUCACUCGUACAGCGACACCCGCUGCAUCCGCAACACCGCACCACGCUCUCCAAGUACCGAGAUGCAGUUCAGAGGCGGCUCAAUUGCCUCAAGGGGCCGCGCAAAAUCAUGGAUGUGAAACUAGAGGCUGGGAUCUCAUAAUGCAAUAUGCAACAACCCUAUAGAUAUAUAAGCACAUCAACGCAACAUGUGAAGUGAUUUUAUUUUGUGGUCAAACUGACUUUCAGUGAUAAUGUGUAAAAAGUGAAAUGUGAAAAAAAAAACUAAAUCAAUUCAUAAAACUUGCAGUUGUUUAGCAACAAAACAUUACCAGAGAUUGCAAUAGUGUGUUAUAUUUUUUUAUUGUCCAGAGUGGUUCGCUGCCGUCGAGUCCUGUCGACGAGCGAACAUAGACAAUUAUAGAACCGUCUAAAAUAUUUUAUCGCAGAAUAAUUCUAGCGUCGCUUUAAGAUACAAGAUUAGAUAAGUAGUUGACAUUAUAUCCCGUUUGAAAAUUUAAAUAUUAACCCCCCCCCCUCCUUAAUUUCUUAAAAUAGUACAAGUUUUACAA